AAUCUCUUUGUUUAUUUAUUUAUUUAUUUAUUACAUAUGCAUCGAUUAUUUUAUUACGUUUAUAUAUAGAGAUGUGUUGAUAAACUCUUUGCUCAGCUCGCUCGGUUUGUCCGUUUGCUCUUGGUAAUUUACGAUUCACGUGAAGUUCAAGUGAUCAUGUUUUGUUGCUUCCUGGGAUCGAACCUCUUCGCUUUCGCAACUAAGUUGGAGCAGAUUCUGAUAUUGUCUUGUUCUGUUUAUUACUCGCCUAGCUUUCUCCUUUGUUGAAAUCAUUUUGUUGUUGAGUCGGCAACUAUGUGAUCGAGUUUCGGUUUAUAUUGCGGAUGAAUUAACAUGGAUGACACGGAGAGUUGCAGUAGCAGAGCUGUGGAUUCAGCGCCCACGCAGAUUCGAAAGCGGAAGCAGAAGUUCGAGGUUUAUCACGAGGUUCUUCGGCGUCUCAAGGAGUCGGAGAAUGAAGAGGCGAGCCAGCCGGGUUUUGAUGAUGAGCUUUGGUCUCAUUUCAAUCGCCUCCCCACUAGGUAUGCGCUGGAUGUGAAUGUUGAGAGAGCAGAAGAUGUUCUUGUGCACAAGAAACUAUUGCAUGUAGCGCAUGACCCUGCCACUAGAAUUGCGUUGGCUGUUCGACUUGUGCAGGCCCCGUUGUCUGAAGAAAAUUCCGUCGAAUCCCUGCACUCAACCCUUACGGAAAAGGGGGAUCCUCAAAGUUCCUCUUACACAGUCAGGCAAAGUGUUCAUCCACCUCCUGCAUUUGGUUCAUCACCAAGUCUUGAACUUGCAGUUGAAGCCAGGAUAUCGCUGAUUCCAGACGGAAGCAGCACUAUGAGUGCCAACCUCAAGAUAUUUCGGCCUCGGCAUGAAAUAACUAUUUCAACAACUGACAAGCCAAAGCUUCUUAGCCAGCUGACUUCCCUACUCUCUGAGAUCGGGCUGGAUAUUAAAGAAGCUCACGCUUUUUCAACAACAGAUGGUUACUCUUUGGAUGUUUUUGUUGUUGAUGGUUGGGCAUUUGAGGAAAGUGAUCAUCUUAAAAGUGUACUGGAAAAGGAGAUUCCAAAGAUUGAGAUGAAAUCAUGGUCCACUAACCAUACAUCUUCUGCUGAGUUGGGGAAUUCUGAUGACAUGCUUAUGCCAGACCAAGUGAGCAUACCCAAAGAUGGGAUUGACGUGUGGGAAAUUGAUUCAAAGCAAUUAAGAUUUGAACAAAAAAUUGCAGCUGGGUCAUUUGGGGAGUUAUAUAAAGGUACAUUACAUGGUCAGGACGUGGCUAUUAAAUGCAUCAAGGCUGAGUAUAUAAGUGCGGGUGUCCAGAAAGAGUUUGCUCAGGAAGUUUAUAUUUUGAGAAAGGUCCGACACAAGAAUGUUGUGCAAUUUAUUGGUGCUUGUACAAGAUCCCCAAGUCUCUGUAUAGUGACUGAAUUUAUGUCUGGCGGAAGCGUGUACGACUUUCUGCAUAAGCAAAAGGGAUUCUUCAAGCUCCCAGCCAUACUCAAAGUAGCGAUAGAUGUUUCGAAAGGGAUGAACUAUUUGCAUCAAAACAAUAUAGUACAUCGGGACCUUAAGGCUGCCAAUCUUCUGAUGGAUGAACAUGAAGUUGUUAAGGUUGCUGACUUUGGUGUUGCUAGAGUGCAAACUCAGUCUGGAGUGAUGACUGCAGAGACUGGAACAUACCGCUGGAUGGCUCCCGAGGUUAUUGAACAUAGGCCAUAUGAUCAUAAGGCUGACAUUUUCAGUUUCGGGAUCGUGCUGUGGGAGCUGCUGACAGGAAAGGUUCCUUAUGAGAAUUUGACGCCACUUCAGGCAGCCGUUGGAGUAGUGCAGAAGGGUAUGAGGCCUAUUAUACCACAGCAAACUCAUCCAUUAAUUGUCGAAUUGCUUGAGAAAUGCUGGCAGCAAGACCCUUUUUUGCGGCCAGAGUUUUCAGAGAUUAUAGAUAUCUUGCAGCAUAUAGCAAAGACGGUAGGAGAAGAAGAGAAACCCGUCAAGAGAAGGAAUCGUGUAGGAGAGUACUCUCAGCUCAGACAAGGGUGCUCAGUGAAAAGUGAAGAGAACUAGUGCAACGUCCGAUGUCUGUGCACUGGUAAGGUAAAGGGGUACAUUGUAUAAAUGGUUGCCGCGUUCAUGUCUGAUAAGUGAAUGUGAUCUGUUGAACAGAAAAUGUUAUAGUUGCUUUAAGUUUGAUCUUUAGAACCUUAAAGUUGGACAGAGCACUAACCAACGUUGGUGCAACCGCCCCCCCAGAGAAGCAAGGUGAAAAUACUUCGGUUUAAGAGUAGUGUCGUUGAAAAGUGCCGGAAAAUAUAUGUUGUAGCAAAAAUCAGCUAAUUUAUUCGAUAUUUUUAUUUUGAAAAUAUAAUAUUAUAAAAUAAUAUUUUGGGCGA